AUAAAACUAUGAAUGAAUGCACUAAAAAGUAAAACAAAAGAUUUGAUUUGCACAAAUGAUACAUUAAAAUCAUCCGAUGGUCAAAACCACAUCGCUGUGGUAUAUAAACUGUGUUUUUCUCGCAUUUAUGCAGACGUGGCGCGCAAGUAAGAAUCGCAUCAAUCAAGACGGCAAAAUGAAACAAUUAGUGAUCAUUCUCACAUGCGUUGCUUUCCUUGCGGCUGGUCGUAGGUCUAAUACAUGCAAGAAAGGAGACGUUGAAAAGCUUUCCAAAGAAGUUGCUAAACUAAAAACAGUACUUUAUAAUGCGUUUAAAGUGCUUGAAAUACACACUCCAGAUAACAAUGAGUACCGCCACCCACCUAUCGAUGUGAGUGGAAAAUCGUUCUUUGCAUUCUCUGUAAAAGCCUGCCAUGAUGCCCACCUAGAACUUCAGCAGACCCCUGGAGACACCCAAACUGAUAACUAUGAGAUUUUGCUCCAUGGUUACGCAUCGGAUCCAAAAUGUGGAAUACGUGACAACCUGGGAACAUUGUUCGCUUAUGAAUCGGCCAAGGUUUUGGUCAAGGGAGAGCGCCUGAGCUGUGAUGAGAUGAGGCCAUUUUGGGUCAGUUGGGCUGGUGGAAACAUUGAAGUAGGAACGGGGAACGUAUAUGGAUAUGGAACUUUCAUGUCGUGGAAAGACCCAGAACCACAUGCAGUAAAUGCCAUUAACGUUAUGACAGGAUGGGGUGCUGAGGGAGACUGGAUUGUCCUAGCAUAG